GCUGAUUCCUCUUGGCCUCCUAUUUGCUGCAAAUACGCUUUACUUUGUAGACAACUUCCACUGGUGUAGAGUUUUAUUUAACUCACCAGGAGGCGAGCCCACUUGGUUUGGUAUCAGGACCUCUGGACGGGAAUGGGGAUAGGGUCCCCAGGGGUCCCCAGACCCCUGAGCCACCUGCUGCUCCUGUUGCUGCUGCUGGAGGAGUCGCGGGGGUUCCCCCCUGGAACCCACACUCUCCGCUACGACCUCAUGGCCCUGUCCCUGCACAGGCCUGGGAAGCCCCAGUUCCUGGCCCUGGGAUACUUUGACGAUGAGGUCUUCCUGCGCUAUGAUGGCGAGAGCCAGAGGGCAGAGCCCCAGGGUCUAGGGAUCAAGAUGGACCUGGGAGCUGAGACCUGGGAGAGAGAAACCAAGGACCUGAAGGAGAAGGAGCGGCAGCUCAGACAGAUGCUGACAGAGAUCAUGGGCCAGCAGGGCCAGGGCUCAGGCCUUCACUCCCUCCAGGCCACACUGGGCUGUGAGCUGCAGGGAGACAGCACUAGAGGCUCCUGGCGCUUGGGCUACAACGGGCAAGAUCAGGACUUCCUCACCUUCUACUCACAGACCCUCACUUGGACGUUGGCCACGCCCUCAGCCCAGCGCAUCAAGAAGCUCUGGGAGACCCAAGACCCCAGGGCUGAUCUGGUUGAGACUUUCCUCCAUGUGACUUGUCCUGCCCAACUCUGGAGAUAUUUGGCCUCCUGGAGGGGCCUCCAGGAGAAUACAGAUCCCCCGUCAGUGACUGUGACCCGCAGUAAGAACCUGCUGGGCAAGGUCAUCCUGAGGUGCUGGGCUUUUAGCUUCUAUCCUCGGGGUGCCAUCCUGACCUGGCUUCGGGAUGGGGAGCCCAUGCACCAAGGCACCUUUGGGCCUGGGGUCAGCCUGCCCAGUGGUGACGGGACCUACCAGACCUGGGUGGACACUUGGAUCCUCCCUGGAGAGGAGCAGGUGUUCACCUGCCACGUGGGACACUGCGGGCUGAACACCACGAUCCCUGCAGUCUCUGGGCCUCAAGGUCAGAGCGCUUCCUGUGCGGCUGCUCCUGCUGCGGCUCCUCUCGCUGUGUCCACUGUCGCUGCUGUGCUGUAUUUGGUGGUGGUCGAAGCCUAGAUGAGGAAGCACACAGAGGAUGUGAGAGCCCAGGUGAGAAGCACAUGGGACAGAGAGGAGGACGGAUCUGAUUCUUUUCUGGGUGGUGAGUGGAGACAGCUCUCUUCCUGCUAAAAACAAGGCAACAGGCCCUAAACGGAGUCCCUUAUGCUAAGUCCCACGUCAUCACCAAAGCAAGAUUUCACUCAGUGACAGUUUCAGCCCUCCCAGACAUGGAAUCUUAAACCCCUCAACCAGGAAUCUGCUCAUCACUAGUCAGGUCAUCUGCCUGAUAGACCCCAGCCAUCACCUAAAGGAAGAUGAGCUUGCAAUAACCAAGCUGCCUUUUUGCCUAACAUAACUUCCCUGUUCCUGCUCCCUUAUGCCUAAAAAUCUCUUGCCUUGGACAGCUCUUCGGAGAUCCUUUCUAUAUGCUAGACAGGAUACUGCCCGGUUGAUGAAUCUUUGAAUGAAGCCAGUAAGAUCUUUAAAAUUUACUCAGUUGGAUUUUGUUUUUUAACAUUUCUUACCCAGGAACAGGAAAAGAAUAGACAAGCCAUCUUCCUGCUUACCGGAUGAGGGAGACGAGGUGUGUAUUACGAAAACUGGCUAAAAAACAAAAAAGAUAAAGACCCAACCAUUUAUCCUGCCUUUCCAAUUCACAUAAGAACUGGACCUCAAGAUAUUCACUUAGUUGAGAAAGAGAGGUUUUUUUUUUGUAUAGAAGUAGUCCAUAUAAUAAAGAUAGAAAAGCAAAGGCAGAGUGACAUUAUUACCACUUUGUGAGCCUAAUGAAUGAAUGGAUCUCAGCCGUAACCAUCCACGGCUGCCAACCUGGCCACUGGAAAGACAGCUUGAUAUUGUGCACUUCCUGGUGGAAAGACCCUUGAUGUCACUCCAUCUUCGAUUUACUGGAAACAGGAGGCAAUUGACUGGAAACAGAGAAUCAAGUUCAACCACAUGGUGGACAGGUCCUUGGUAAAGGCACAGUCUUUGCGGAAAAUUACAGGACAAACUACCUUAUUCCUUCACCAAAUAAACUGUCAGGAAACAAACAAACCAAAAAAAGAUGGAGAGGGUACCUGAGGGUUACUGUAUGUAUUUAAUAUGAUUACCUUUCCACCUUGUUAUGAGAAGAAGUUAAUCUUGUCAAUUUGCUGUUUUCUUGUUUAACCUGAGGGGUGACUCAAGGGUCACAAGGAUUGAUGAGCUUGUUUUACAGAAGAAGGAGAAUGCCUUCAAGGAAGUUACCAUCACCAGAUAACCAGCGGCCAGCUGCCGUUGAUGUCCAAAAGUCAGAUUUCCCAGGGGUUCAUCAGGAGUGACCCCUUUGUUUCUCUGAAACUCCACCUCCCAAGCCCCUUAGCUCUAUAAAACCCCCUGCUUUCUUCUUUUGUUAAGGUAGAUUUCAGAGAACUUAUUCUCCCACCUUCUUGUUUUGGCCAAUUCAAAUAAACCUUUCCCCACCUCCAAGCACUGAUUUCUCAGUGAUUGGCUUACUGCACAUCAGGCACACAAACUUGAGAUUAAGAGGUUCGGUAUUAAUUUUUGUGAGCCACCAGGAAUCUCAUGCCUGUGGCUGGCUGGCCUCCUGGUGAGGGUUCAAGUGAUCAGUGGCCCCCAGCAGCUGCCCGGGCUUCUUUGCCCAGGGGCCUUCCCCUGCUGCUCCGUUCUUCCUGCUGGUUUCAGCCAGCCUCAGCGAAAUGCUUCCUUGGAGUGGAGAAAUGCAUUGGACUUGGGUCUACUUUUGAUUUUGCAUUUGUCAGGUCUUGGAUUUUAUCUUU